AUGGCAUUCUCCGCCGCGCGGAGGAGCCUUGCCACCAGCCUCUCCCGCCACCUCACCCGCCGUCCCCACCCCUCCCUCUCCCACCUCGUUCCCUCCCACCACGACCGCCGCCAAGGCCAAGACCCCUCACCCCCGCCAUUUCCCUCCGGCGGCCUCCGCCGACGCUCGACGUCCCAAAACCUCCCCUUCCCCCACCCCUUCCCCUUCGGCGCCCGCCGUAGCUUCUCCACCUCCUCCCCGCCCCCGGAUGGCGUGAUCGACGCCGUCGCGCGUCUCAUCUCCGACGCCGCGUCCUCGGUCGCGCCCGCAUUUUCGUCGGAGGAGGUGGCCGCAGCCGCGGUCGACUCGUUUCUCCCGGUCGCCGCCGUGCAGCACCUCAUCGACGCCGUACACUCCAUCACCGGGCUCAACUGGUGGGCUUCCAUUGCGCUGACGAUGCUGUUGGUCCGGACGGCGACCAUCCCGCUGCGGGUGCGCCAGAUCAAGGCCCAGAACAGGCUUUCUGCAUUGAAGCCAGAAAUCAUAGCAAUCAAUAAGGAAGGAGAUAUACGGAACAUGAUAGAGAAUGUCCCUUCUUUGGAAGGAGGUGGAGCAUAUUGGUUUACUGAUUUGACAACUCCAGAUGAGCUUUACAUCCUGCCGGUGUUGACAUCAAUGACAGUUGCUGCGGACGAGGUGUGUAUCUUGUCCAAAGAACUAAAGAUGUCUUGUCUGUUAUGCAUAGUUGAGAAAUUAAAUAUUUCUUCCCAGCUCAAUGUGAAGGCGCGCAUCCAGGGACAACCUAUUCUUGUGCAGCAAGUGGGGAAGAACUUGUAUAGAGCACUGGCUUUUCUGAUUAUACCGCUAUCAAUGAGCAUCUGCAAGGUAUAA